AUGGCAUAAGAAGAAGAAAAGACUGUACAAUGUCUAACAACCAAGGAGAUCAAAGCCUUGGCUAGACCCGAAUUCUAGAAAUUCCCUGAAAGAUUUUACCCAGUAGAGACAUUCAAGAAGCUAGGUUUCAGCAGAAGUCAGUGCCCUAAGUGCAACAACUACUAUUGGAGACACAGCGAGACCAGACUUACAUGCGGAGACUCAAAUUGUGAGGGUACUUAUUCAUUCAUCGGAAACGGAGUUGGAAAGGGAAAGCACAUCACAUAUGCUGAGGCUUGGAAAGGUAUUUCAAAAUGUGGUUAUAAAGUUAUUAUAGGAUUUGAGAAAUCAUUAACAAGUGCCAGAAUCCCAUGCACAUCAAUCAAGAGAUAUCCAGUAGUCGCUCGUUGGAGAAAUGAUGUAGAUUAUGUUGCUGCAGGUAUCUUCUGCUUCCAACCAUAUUGCGUCACUGGUGAAUUAGACCCUCCCGCCAACCCCCUCAUCUGCCCACAAUUCUGUGUUAGAUUUAAUGAUCUUGACAACAUUGGUAUUACUGGGCGUCACUAUAGUGGCUUCAUCAUGCUUGGUAUUCAAGUCUUCAACUAUCCAGAGAAAUAUACCUUCUUUAAGGAUGAAUGCGUUGAAUUCAAUUACAGAUGGCUCACUGAAGAAUUAGGAAUCGAGCCUGAUGAAAUUACCUUUAUUGAAGAUGUCUGGGCUGGUGGUGGCAACCUCGGUCCAUCAAUUGAGUAUUUCGUUAGAGGACUUGAAGUAGGUAACAUGGUGUUUAUGCAGUACAAGACUUAUCACGAUGGAACAAGAGAAGAGCUCUAGAUCAAGGUUAUUGAUGUUGGUAUUGGUCUUGAGCGUAUUGCUUGGUUAUACAACGGAACCCCCACGUCAUAUGUUGACACAUUCCAUCACUCACUUGAGUACUUGAAGGGACUACUAAAUAUUGAAAUCAACAAUGAAGUAUGGGAAAAAUUCGGACCCUACUCAUGUUUAUUAAACAUUGAUGAAGUUGAAGAUGUUGAAAAGACAUGGGCUUUACUUUCAGAAAAGAUUGGAGUCGAUGUCGACACAUUGAAAAAGGCAAUCACCCCAGUUAAGGAUCUAUACAUUAUUUUAGACCACACCAGAAGUAUAUUGAUGACAAUUACUGACGGUUCACUCCCUGCUAAUGUUGGUGGAGGUGGUAAUGUCAGAAACAUCCUCAGAAGAGUCUUCUCUAUUCUCGAGAAAAACGAUUGGUGGAAACAAAUUACAAUGGAACAGUUCCUGAAGAUUUUCGAGAUGCAUAAAAUUGACUUUGACGGUAUCUAUGGAAAGUUCCCAGAGUACAAGUCAUUUGAUGAUAUUAUCAAGGUAGAGUUCGACAGAUGGAAGAACACUGAUGAAGUCCAAAGAAAGAACCUCGAGAAGAUCUUAAAGGCCAAGAAAGGCAAGCUUGAUAUCGAUGACUGGAUCGUUGCUAUGCAAUCAUGGGGUAUUCCAGCUGAUAGAAUUUCAGAGAUUAGUGGACUUCCCGUUCCAGGUGAUCUUUAUUACAGGAUUGCAGAGAGACAAGAAAGAAUCGCUAAGGCCCCUGAGGUUAUCCUUUACUCCACUGCUCACUUGCCAGAGACCGAUAACCUCUACUACAAGGAUCACAAUUUAUUUGAUUUCGACGCAGAAGUUGUAGAUGUAUUCUCCAACAUUCUUGAUCAAAACAAAAGAAAUAUCCUGAUUCUAAACCAAUCAGCUGUUUAUCCAACAUCAGGAGGACAGCAGCAUGAUAAAGGAAUAGUCAGAAUUGAAGGAAUCGACACUACAUUCCACCUAGUAAAUGCAGAAAAGGUUGGUAAAGUAGUACUUCACAUUUUAGAUCAAGAGAUCCCAGGCGAUAACGAAGCUUUGAAAGGAAAGAAAGUCAAAGUUGAAAUUGAUCAAGUUAGAAGAAAUCAACUAAGAGCCCAUCACACUGGUACUCAUAUCGUUUUCGCUGCUUGCAGAAAGGUUCUAGGACCCCAUGUUUGGUAAAAUGGUGCUAAAAAGACUAUUGAUCAAGCUCAUUUAGAUAUCACUCACUUCAAGUCACUCUCUAAGGAUGAGGAAAAAGCAAUUGAAAAUGAAGCCAAUAGAAUCAUUAACAAUUGCCAUGGAAUCAACAAGUAUUUUAUGGAUAAGGCUGAAGCUGAAAAGAAAUUCGGAUUCCAUCUCUAUUAAGGAGGUAUUGUUCCAGGCAACACUCUAAGAGUUGUUAAUAUUGAAGGAGUUGAUACUGAAGCUUGCUGCGGUACUCACUGUGACAACACUGCUGAAGUCGGCUGGAUAAGAUUACUCAAGACUCAAAGAAUUUCAGACGGUAUCGUCAGACUUUACUAUGUUGCUCAAGAGAGAGCCAUUGAAGUCCUUAAUGAUGAGCAUCAAAUCUUGAUUGACCUCUGCAGUACUUGGGGUGUUGACUAGGGAUCAAUCCUCUCCACUGCCACCAGAUUCUUCAACGACUACAAGAAACUCUCAUCAACUGCCAAAAAACAAGAUCAAUAAAUCCUUAACCUACAAAUGAAGUAUAUGCUUAAGGAUGAGGGCAGGGUAUUCUUUGUCAGAUCAGAGUAGCCAGAUCCUACCAUUUAUUUCUCAUUCCUACCUUAAUUUGCAGAACAGAUGCAAUAACUUGGUAAAGGUGUUGUUUUCCUUGGAAGCAACUUUGUUCUUGGUCUCCUCGGAGAUCCAUAACUAUUGCAAGUACCUCAAGUAGAGGAUCUUUGCAAAGAAAUGAGCAAGAAAGAGGUAAAAAAGAACACUCAAGAUAAGGUGAAGUUCGACUUCAAGAUAAAGGGCAAGAAACCAGUUAUUACCACUGGAGUUCUUCAAUUCUCGAUCACAGGGUCAGAUUUCAAUAUUGACAAACUAUCUGAAGUUCUCAAGGCUUAGGGUGCAAUCGAGCUUGAAUGA